GCUUCACAUUCUGAACAUUUCAUCCUUUAGACAGACAAAGUUAUUUUGGUGUCAUUUUGGGGAAUCAUAUCUUUGACAUUCACCAAAGCUUUCUCGCUGAACAAUUAGAAUAUUCGUAAUAUGUUGCAAUAAUAAUACGUGAAGCUAAUUCGCUGUGUUGUUCACACCGUUUUGCAUCAGGUAAUGAUGAUUGCAGUUACAUUUCAUGUUCACUGUGUCUGGGUUUCUGCUUGUUUUUGCAUUUACUGUAAUUAAGAUUCUGAGCAUUCACGCCCAAACACGUCUGUUUACUCUGUUAUUUUUAGUUAGUUAGUUAGAAAAACACUGAUAUUAAUUUAAAUACAAAUUUUUGGGUUUUUCAAUAUUCAUGUAAUAUUUUACUAGAAUUAAACCAGAAAAACAAUUUUAUUACGAUAAUAUUAAUAUCAGUGUGGUGAAAACUGCGUCAACAUUCAACGAUGACGAUAGAGAAUAGGAGGAGGAGAAGGAGGAAGAAGUAUAAAUAUGUCUCAAUUGUCGAGAUUAAAAAAAGGUGCAUAUGCUCAGUUCCUUCCAAACUGACAGAUAAAAUCCACCUAUUCAUACAUACACAAGACAUAAUUAAUCAUAGAAGUCAGCAGAAAUGGACAUUCACCUUUAACAACACUACUCGUAAAUCUACGCAUCACACACACACACACACAACUAAUCUAGUAUACAUAGACGGAGGUGGGAUUAUUUGAUUGAAAGCAAUUGUUACUGUUACUGUUUGUCUAUCUAUCACUGUCGAUAAUGAAUUAUUCAGACGGACCUUGGGUAAUUUUUCAACCGUGUGAUAUACUCACGCAUAGUAGUAAUUGGUCUCAUAGACAACAUUUCCGAUGUUCUCUUGCACAAUUUGUUGGUGUCUGGUCAGGUUAUGUACUGCCAGUUGUCACUGUGUUAACAGCAAUAUUCAAUCUAUUGAUCUGUGUAUCAAUCACACUGAAAGGCAGUAAGGUGUCGAAACAAAUGAUUUACAUAUCCGGUGUCUGUUUAUUCAGUGUUAUAUCGAAUGGUGUGUUGGUGUGGUUGCGCCAAUUCCCUUCUGUUGGUCUACCCUAUGCAACAAAUCGAAAGACAUACUUCACAUUUAUAUUUAUUUCUCCGUUCGUCUGUCGGCUUUAUCGUUUUGUCUACACAUUUUCUUGUACAGCAAUGUGUAAUAUGCGAGUGUGUGCUUCUCUGUGCCGAUGUUUAGCUAUUUGCACUCCAAUGAAGUAUAAAAGCUGUUCAAAUCGUACUGCCUGGUAUAUUUAUGGUAUAAUUAUUAUUGUCAGUGCUUUUCUAAUGCUUCCAUUUGCAAUCUAUGCAGAUUGGUUUCCAAGCAAUGGUAAAAUCAGGUGUUGGUAUAAUCCACACGAUGUGGGCUUACAGAUUUAUCAAGCUCUACUAUCGAAUCUUGGUCCUGUUCAGAAUAUACUACUAAUUAUUUUGGAUUUAACUUUUGCUAUCAAAAUUCGUCAACAGAGGCAUGGCGCUUUGAUAAUUGCAUCAACUCAGGUAGAGCGUAAGCAACUGCGAAUUUCCAUUUUACUAUUAAUCUCAUCAGUUACAUUCAUUUGUGUAGCAGUGCCACAUGGUGUAUUCUACUUACUGGGUAGGAUAUAUAUAAUCAAAUCACGAGAAAGGAGAGCAGAUGGUUUCCUGCAUUUAGCUACAGUUUUCUGGUUUAUAAAUGAUAUCAGAGAAUUGAGUGAUAUAGUUAUUUAUCUUGUUUGCUUUAAAGCAUCCGAACAAAUUUUCGCACAUUUCUCAUCUAUGUAUGAGAAAAUUGUUGGUGGGUUUAAAGUUUCAUUCAAUAAAAUACAUUGGUGCAUUUCGGAGGAUUUCAGAGUGACGAUGCCUCGAAUACUGAAGACUGAAGUGAAGUGAAGUGAACGUGACAUUUUGUUUCAUCUUUGCUGUGCCAACAAUCUAACAGAUUAGUGUUUUUGAAGACAUACACUCACUCACUCACUCACUAUGUGUGAUGGCAUCAGUCAGUCUCUCUCGGAACUUGUCGUCAACAUUGUGUGUGUGUGUGUUGAGUAUUUCAACUGAUCACCACACUUGGCUGUUGUUGUUGUUGUUGUCAUUUUCAUCAAGCUCUUGUGUUUGUCAUUGUUUUUGAAAGAAACAGAUUGUCAUUGAAUAUGGUUUUCAUUACAAAAUUGAUAUUUUCUUCAGUGAUGUGACGUGACGUGACGUGGAGUGAAUGCAACUAAUGUCUGAUUUCAAGGUGUGUGUGUGUGUGUGUAAUACUCGUGCGGAAACAGGUUUCAGGUACAAAACAAAACUGGUAAUUCCCCUUCGAGUUCUUCUUCACACUUUAUCACACUUUUUAUUUUGCUAUGUGAUUUAACAUUGAAUUACCGAGUACAGAAGUAGAAUGGAGUGUUGUUUGGUUGAUGAUGGAAUCUAGGCCGGAAAACUCUGCAUCCUAUCUAAAAUGCAUCAACUGAAUGUGAGAGGUGUU